GCAAGCUUGGGUUCGCCAAGCUUGCACAGCUGGUUGAGAUUGCCACCAAUCUCAAACUGGCCUCAUGCGCACGGCAGGGUGGUGGCUACGUGAUGCCAUGGGUUAUGGGGAGCGGUCGGGGAGGGACGGCGACAGAGGAGGAGGAUGAGGAGGGAGAUGUGGAGCCCGAGGUGUGGGGAGCGCGACCUAAUGGCAGUGUUCCCGAGCAGGAGAUCCGGCGGCAGAUUGUCGCUUUCCGUGACAACCGACCGUCCAGAGCCCGUUCGGUUCGGGACGUGUUCGGCAGCAGAGCGACGGAGCUGCGACCGUGGCCGAAGGGUGGGGAUCAUGUGGGCGUUGCUGCGGCAAACGACGACAUCGACGACGAUUGGACUAACAAUGAUGACACGCCGCUGAAUCGCGACCCGACGGCUGAGCGAGAGUACUUCACUUACGGUGGGGGUCGUGACGGCAUAGAUUCAUUCACAUUAGUUAUCACUGGUGGUGUGUCGUCGACCGCGCCGACGAGUGGCAGCAGCAGAGCCGACGGUGGUCAUGGAGGACGUUCGCAUGCGGAGGUUCGCAUGGACGACUCGCGGGAGCGGCAGCCACGGGGAGGUCUUCGGCAGACAGGCAGGCGUUGGGAGGUAAGGAGCGACAGUGAGGCGGAGGGGGAGGCCAAGGAUGAGGAGGUGCCCCUUCGUGAUCGUCGCUUCUCUCCCUCCCAUCAUCCGAUUUCUGCACAGCCCGAGGGGGAGACACUUAGGCGUUCGGAGAGGUUGGCGUCGGGAGCAUGCAGAGACCGGACACAUGAAGGCGAGAAUCGUGGGCCCGGCUCGCCGUCGGUGCUCCGCACACAGGACUUCGAGGACAUAGGGCUUGGCAGGAGCUUGGGAGAUUUUAGUGUCGAGGGACGUCGACGUGCCUCACCGCAGGAUGUGCGCAUAGACGCGGACGUUGAGCGGGGCCCUGUUGAGACUGAGGAGGAGAGGGAUGCCCGUUUGGACCGAGAGGAGGAGGAGCGGCUGAGGAGUUUGCCACAGUGGGAGGGUCGGUUCGCAUAUCUCGACGAGCACCGUCGGCAGAGGGACUUGGAGACAGGAGGGGAGGGGAGCCGUGACGUCGACGACUUGGGUGUCCCUGAGAAGGCGGUUCAGGGGGAGUUCGAUUAUGAGGGGCAGGAUGCCGCCGCGGGUGUCCCUGAGGGGCAGGAUGUUGUCAUGGGCGGUGGGUCCCCUAGUGGGGGCCGUGGCGACAGCAAGACCGCGGGUGAUGAGGGACAGGGUGCCGCAGUGUGCGGCAGAGGAGAGGGUGGACCCGGUGGAGAUGGGGAUACCGCGGGUGUCGGUGGAGACGAUGGACCGGAUGGCGACGAUGACGACGACCACGGUCCGGAGGACGAUCUGCAUAGUCUCACCUUGGUGUUGAGGGACCCCACAGUGCCUCCCAUGCGCCCUCACGACACAGCGCACACUUUCUUCGACGCCGACGCUUUGGCGCACGCGUUGACGGAUGACCGUUUCGCACACCUAAGCCGCAAGAGCGGCAAGCAGCGGGCCCCUAGGAGGGUAUAUUCAACGCCCCCGUUCACAGUACAGAGCCCUCACUGGUCGGGUUCGUCGCUCGGCGUUAGAGGGAGUGAGUCCGGUGCGGGUGAGGUGGGGUUCGGCAGACGCAGCGACGACGGCAGAGAUAGUGCAGGAUCGAUACCUCCACCGCCCGCACAAACUCCGGAGGGCAGGGUCGACACCGGGGACCGGACGGUGGCACCCGGAGUCGCGCACAGUGGCGGUUCCCCGCCGCCAGUCCGAGGUGUGGGUUGCGGACGGUCAACUGUUCGGCGGGUCGGGGACCGGUUGCGGGCGGAUUACGACGCCGGGAGGGGCGUCUUAACGGGACGUGCGCCUAUUCAGACGCAGGCUACGGAGGGCGGGUCCGGACGUUUGAGCCUACAGAUGGCAGGCAGCAUGCUUGGUUUGUCACGAUCAGAGACGAGGAGGACAUUGGUCCUCGAGGCCCCAGGGACAUCCACGGAUAGGCUGCGGGGAGAGCAGAUCACAUCGGGCGGGGAGGGGUUGUUGAUGCGACUCGGGACGAGACGACAGCAUGGCCUCUCAGAGGUUGAGGCUCGACUCGCUGCAGGGGUCGCCGCUGGGCAGGCAGCAUUGGACGCGAUUCACAGAGAGAGAGAGAGGGGGAUUGCUGCACAAGCGGAGGAGGACGAGGACGCAGACACUGAGUCCGAGCCGAUCGAGACUGCGGCCGGCAGACACAGGGCACAGGUGGCCGCGGCGGCCACUGCAGCACAUGCGGCAUACGUCAGUGGGGCACGGGGCACAGGUGCCGGAGGGAGAGGAGGGCGCCGGGGAAGAUCGCAUGGCCGCGCGCGCUCUGGUGGGAGACGACGACGUCCAUGCGACAUAGGGAUGUGCUAAUGAAUGUGUUCUUACAUAAAUGAUGUGCUAAUGAAUGUCCAUCAGUCUC